AUGAUCCUACCUUUCAAGCCGGUUCCACGAACCGCCGCCAUUAUAUAUAUGAAUGUUCGAUCAGCUUCUGUUCCUGGUGUUUCGCAAAUACCAACAAAUGCCGGAAAGACGCCACCAUCUCUCGAAGAAUUUGAUCCAUUGAAUCCUGGUGAAUGGCAGCUUGGUGCUGGUGGGAAAAUUCUGCCUCGUUUACCUAUUGGAACAAGAUGUGGCAAAUUGGUUAUGGGUCAGUAUGGUUUAUAUGAUCCAGUUCUUCGUAAAAAAGUUGAAGCAUUUCAAAGAGGUCUUGAUGCUGGUUUGUCAAGCGAAAAUGCGCGUCCUUUUGACCGUCGGCUUACGCUGAUUGUGAAAGCUAUGAGUUUUGUUUGUAUUAUUAUAUCCAUAUGGAAUUUCGCCGUUUUGAUUGUCGGCAAGCCAUUGCCUCCGUUUUCUAAUCUAAAACCUGUUGGAAGUCAAUGA